AAAUUAAUAAACAGAUAAUAGAAAUUAAAAAUGAUUUUCUAAAUAAUAUGAUGGAUAAGAUGAAACAAAAAUCAUGUGAAAUCAUACCUAUUUAUAGACCCAUUUUCAAUAACCCGGGUUUAAAUGAAUUGGAAAGCAAUCGGAUUAAUGAACUCCUGGAGGCUUCCCAUAAAUACAUUACUCGUAUCGAGAAAUUAAAAGAAAUAUUUUCUGGUGACAAACAGCAUAAACUAAUUGAUAGGUCGGAGGUAAUCGAGUUGUCGGUUAAAAGUGUAGACCUAGCACUUCAGGAAAUGGCUAAAUAUGUGAAACAAUUGAAUGGAUUCAAUGAUAUCUGUCUCGAAGACCAGGAAUCACUCGUAAAGUAUGCCUUCUUUGAGAUCAGUACACUGAGAGGGAUCACGUUAUAUGACAUACAAACUGACUGUUUUCAAGUUUACAAGUUAAUUGCAAUACAACUAUUCAACCCAAACAGACCUAAUAUCAGACAUAAAGACAACAUUAAAUUGCAGCAACAAUUGAAUUUGUCAGAAAUGCAGAGCAAAAUGAAAAGAGAAAACAAUUGA